AUGUCUUUCCUGACCCUCACCUUGAACUGCCCUCUGGCUGAAGAAAGACCUAAUAUUCCUCCGAUUCGGACAAGGUGGCACUUGUCUACCCGCACCUGCCUCGGACUCGGCUAUCAAGGAGCAUUAAUACUAUUGGACGUUAUGCGUUACAAUUGUCAGUAGGAGCCGAUACCCUACUUCCGGUCUGGACGUAGCUCGAACGCAUCGACGAUGAGACCUGUCUUUUUAGAGGGCCCGGGCACUGAAGUCCAAUACCCAGUAUCUGCACACACGGCAAACUACUCAGAUGCAUUGACAGCGAGGGAGGUCAUCCUGCACACCGGCUUCGUUGGGCUGUUCUUCAACGGGUGCCUCGUGUCGGCCUUCAUAGCCUUUUUUAUAGCGCAGACCUGUAAGGUGUUCACGCACUACUACACCGAGCAGGUGUGGGACUUGCAACGCAUGGUGGGGUCUGGCGGCAUGCCCAGCUCCCACACCGCCCUCAUCGUGGCACUGACCACAGCGGUGGGUGUGGAGAACGGCACCAGCAGCACACUGUUCGCGGCGUGCCUGGUGCUGGCGCUCAUAGUCAUGUACGACGCCACGGGGGUGCGGCUGCACGCGGGCCGCCAGGCCACCGUGCUCAACAUCAUCAUCGCCGAGAUGCCGCCCGACCACCCCGUGCAGGACGGCGGGCGGCUGCGGGACUCGCUGGGGCACACGCCCAUACAGGUGGCUGUGGGCGCCGUGCUGGGUGUGGUGGUGGGGCUCGUAGUGGAGAACCUGUACUUGUUAGGAGACAAGUCCGGGGCGGGGGGCAGCUUCCACUGAGCGGGGCUGCAUGUGCCGAAGCCACAGCAGUGGCGGGGCGGCUGUGACAUCGCGCUGUGGUGGUGGAGCAUAGCGGGGUAGGUGGCGUCGCUUGCAUUCAUCAACGGUAGGGACUGGACUUGGGACUUGCAAUUAGGCUGAAGGUUGUGACGCCGCGUUGGAGAGGAUGUCCAGUUUGUUAUUCGGAUGUGCUCUUGUGGAACAGGUCUGAGGCUUCACGGUGGCACCCAAUAGAAGUUGGGUGCCUUGAUACCGAUGUUUCUGGGGGUGUGUUGGACUUGUGGGCUACCUGUGUUAGCAAUGUGCGUUCUGGUCAUUCUUUUCUGGAUAGGCUUUACAAGAAGAGGCGUCGGCGCGCAGGUUGAGACCGGGCUGUGUCUGGCUGGGGUCAGCGGGAGAGCACAACGUUCAAUGGGCAAUGGCGAGGGUGUGGCAGCUUUGUGGAGUCGGCGUCGGCUUGGCUGGUCGGGAUGUGAUGCUGGUCGGGAUGCUGCGAAGGGCUGUGCUUGACCUGGUCCCAGCGGGCAUCGGAGCCAACGGUACCUGGGGCCAAAGCGCCCCCUGGGUUACAUCCGGAAGGUGAUGUGAACUCGGUAGACUUUCGGGCUCAAGGGCUCAGCCGGUGAACGUGAUAUGUAUGUAGUGUGGGCCCACUCUAGGAAGGAAAGGAAGGUCCUCUGGGAACUGUACGUGUACUUUUGGCCAAGGAGCAUUCAUACUGGAUUAGCCUAACCUUGAAUAAGCGUCGAGGUGUAAGCCGUGUAACCAAACGGGUUG